AAAGCGAGGGUGGCGGCCAACUUUGGUAACGAGAGACACUGAGGCGAGGAGGCGGCCGUGGCGGUGGUUCGGGAGCCGUCCCUAAACGUAUGGGUCACCCGCCGCAGCCCUGCUUCCAGAAGCCGCAGAGCUCGCUUAACUCGCGCAGCUCAUCGAUCUACUUCCCUCAGGUUGUUUGCCUAAACGGCUGGCGCAGGGCCCCGGCUGGCAGCGCGCCGGCCGCGGCCUUGAAACUAACCCUGAAGGCUAGCGAGGAAAGAGGGAGCGAGCGCUGCUCUCUCUCUCUCUCUCGCUCUCUCUCUCCUCCCCACCCCCGAUCAGUUGAACUUUCCCCUCAGAAGGGAGCGCCGGGCUAAUAUCCUCUCUGCUCUUCGCCUUGGGCUCGCGCCUCUCCUCAGGAGGGGGGAAAAAAGGCGGUCGGCGUCGUUGUCAGCAGCAGCUGCACAAACAAGGCGAGCGCAGCCCAGCCAUGGCGGCUUCUUCGCCCGCCGCCCCUCAGCUGGCGCUCCCCGCCUCCCAGCAGCUCCGCGGCCUCUUCUACGCCCUCACGCCCAACGAGAGCUCCUUCUGCGCCGUCGAGGAGGUGCCCGAUUACGUGGACCAGGCAACUCCAUGGUUCAUUACCCUGAUUUUUCUAGAGCUUAUUGUUAAGUGGGCUCAGAAAGGAUCAUCAGCUCGGGUCAAUGACAGCAUAGCAAGUCUCUCUGCAGGGAUCCUGUCUCAACUUCCAGAAGCUUUGUUUAUAACCAUUGAGCUGGCAAUAUACAUCUAUGUGUGGGACAACUACAGACUUCUGGAACUGCCAUGGGACUCACCGUGGACAUGGUAUUUGACAUUCCUUGGAGUAGAUUUUGGUUACUACUGGUUCCACCGUAUGGCUCAUGAGAUUAAUUUAUUGUGGGCAGGACACCAAGCUCAUCACAGUUCUGAGGACUAUAAUUUAUUCACAGCAUUAAGGCAAUCCGUCCUGCAGAAGUAUGCAUCUUGGAUAUUCUACUUGCCCAUGGCUCUCUUUAUUCCUCCCUCAGUGUGUGCUGUUCAUCUCCAGUUUAAUCUCCUUUACCAGUUCUGGAUACAUACAGAGGUUAUUAAGAAUCUCGGCCCUUUGGAGUUUAUUCUCAACACACCUAGUCAUCACAGAGUACAUCAUGGAAGAAAUCCAUACUGCAUUGAUAAGAACUAUGGUGGCACACUGAUUAUUUGGGACAGGAUUUUUGGGACAUUUGCUGCAGAAAAUGAUAAAGUUGUAUAUGGCCUAACACAUCCAAUUAACAGCUUCGAACUUCUCAAGAUUCAGUUCCAUCAUUGUAUUUAUAUAUGGAAAACAUUUUGGAAUACUCCUGGAUUCUGCAAUAAGCUUUCUGUCCUGUUCAAGGGCCCAGGAUGGGGGCCAGGCAAGCCAAGACUUGGUCUUAUGGAGGACAUCCCAGAGGUUACUGGAAAGGAAGUUCCCUACAGCCCCACAUUACCAAGCUACCUUUGUGUCUAUGUAGUUACGCAUUUCGUCUUAAUGCUGGGAUUUUACAUUGAUUUGAUUGCUACAAAAUAUACGUUAUCACAGGUAACUAUUCUCAUGAGAGUUGGCUACAUUAUCCUGACACUAACCUCCAUUGGAUUCCUUAUAGAGCAAAGGCCUGAAGCUCCCUUCUUGGAAUCUGUCCGCUGUUCCACUUUCCUUGCCCUGCACAAACUUGGUUACUUGAAAACUUACAUUGCGCUUCUGUCAGUGACAUAUGAGGUGUUGUUUUCACUCUGCAUUGCUUUUUGGGGAAUACAAAUGAUGAAGAAACUCACCUCAAGCGUAGCAAAGCAGCACUGAAAAGAUAUAUGUCCAAAUCUCCACAUUAGGAAUGCAAGAGCCUUUCUAGAUCAGACCCAGAGGUCCGCCUAGUCCAACAUCCAACAGUGGCCUACCAGAUGCCUAUGGGAACCCUUCAAGCAGAAUAUGAGCACAGUAGUGUUCUCUGAUUCAUCAUCCCCAGCAACAAGUAUUCAAAGACUAAUACUUGGGGAAGUGCGUGGCUAUCGUGACUAGUAGCCAUUUAGAGCAUUUUCCUCCAUGAAUUUGUCUUAUCUCCUUUUAAUGUGUCCAAGUUGGUAGCCAUCAUUACAUCACAUGGCUGUGAAUUUCCAUAAUUUAACUGCACUGUGUGAAGAAGUACAGUGGACGCUCGGGUUGUGAACGUGAUCCAUGUGGGAUGCACGUUUGCAACCCACAGCGUUCGCAAUCCAUGUCUGUAUGUCUGCGCACGAGCGGGUUGUGAUUUGGCGCU